AUGUAGGUAAUAUGAUUUUCUCUAAGAACUCAUCGCAUAAUUUUACAUGUGAUCAAUGGUUAGAAAGUGAAAUGUUGUGACAUAAUAAACAUAAUCCAGUUGAAAGGUGAAAUUACGAGGUGGAUAACCUUGCGCCGUUACAUUAGAGCAGGCGCUAAUAGAAAGUUAUUUGUUGGCGUACAAUCUAUAGCAGUCGUUAGUUAGUAUCGCGAGAGACUUUGGCGUUGGUGCAUAGCUUGUAGUGUUAGUUAUUUAUCAACAUAUUUUGUGUAAAAUGAUUGGAUUGGUUGAAUCUGCUGUGUGUCUCUCUGUUGCUGUUGAAAGUGAAUCAAGACCACCACUCCUCAGAAUGUCAACCUCAGGUCUGACGUCAGAAGCGCAGUUGCGUUACAUUCUGCAGUGGUUCGAAGAGUUCAGUGAGCUACAGCGUGACGACUUCUUGCCUGUCCUCGCAGCUGCUCGUGGAAACCAGGCGGAUCAGCUGGCUGCUACGUUGGCUGCUAUGACAUGCCAGGACAAGCCUGUCAGCUUGUUUCAAUGCCGUAUUAAGUUGUUUAAUGAGUGGUAUCCCACCUGGGCCGAAGAAGAACAGGACCGAUUGAUCAAAGGUGUAUCGGAAGUGGAUCCUGAGUUUGGUGAGAAACUGCAGGACUAUCUUACUAACGGACCACCUGUGAACGGAGAAUUUAACUUUUUAAUCGGAGAAAAUUUGGCACACGAGGAGGAAAAUAAAAAGGAAAAUGAGCAAUGGAAUAAUGAGGAUUCGGUAGCGCCUGCAGAGGAGGAAGGCCAGGGGAUAUCCCAAGACAACAUUCCAGUAGAAAUUGCUGCCGCAUCUUAAAAUGGGUAUGCACAUUGUUUUAAAAAGAGCCAUUAAUCUAAGAUAUAUCUCAUAAGGCAGCAAUUUCAUUUCUUUGAACCUAUUGUCUAUUUUUUUUCUUUUUUCAUACAUUCCCAUUACUUCAAAAUAGAAACUAUUCCAUUUUUACUUAACAUACAUUCCAUUUUUCGUACUUUAUUUUAAUAAGAAUCUCGUGUUUACUAUUUUAUUGUUAGAAUAAUUUUAUGAGAGCCUUUAUUUAUAAAAUAGAUUAAUGACUUAAAUCUAUUUAAAUGUAUUUUUAAGGAUACUAUACUUUGUGAGCACAUUUAUGAAUAUUAUGCCAAAUAUGAACCAACAGUAUUUGUGAAAUGAUCAUAUUUCAAAAAACGUCUAAAAUAUUAUACUGAUUUUUAGAUCUGAAACAAAAAAAUAUAUUUUUAGCCCUUAGUUUCUUUUUCAUAAAGUGAUGUUUAUCAAUAUUUUUUGCAAGUACAAAGCUAUUCGUGCCAAGGUAUUGAGAUGGAAUUACUAUUAUUAGAUAUAAAGUAAAAAGUCAUGGCACUAUUUAUAUUACAUGAUUCAAUACAAAAAAGGUAUGUGUGUGCCAAAUUGCAUAAUCAUGCUUAUUUUGAAAGAAAGAAAGAAAGAAUUUUGGGUUACAUUAUUACCUUUUCUACUUACUACAGCAAUAUCUACUUAUUUUAAGACUACUAAAUUGAGAUAAUUAUCUCUAUUGAUUGUAUUGGUUGGCUUUCAAUAUCAUAAAACAAUAAUUAUUUAGUAAAAUAUGAAUAACUUAUGUAUUAAUAAACACAUUCCCAUCGUAUUGAUGUACCUUGAAGGUUACUAUUAUUAUUAAUAUAAGUACAGAUGUAAUAAUAUCGUAUUGCUUUUUAUAUUGUCAGAAAAUAAAACUGUAUGGGAUUGAGUGAUAGCUGGUGCUUGGAAAUUUGGAUUGAAUGAGGAUAAAUUGCUAAAUGGAGGCCAUUUUUAGAACUAGAGACUUAUAUUAUUUACAUAUAAAAAAUAAAUUAAUUUUGGACAUCAA